UCAGUGUAGGGCUUUUAGGGUUAUUUCGAUAUAAAGCUCAAAACUUUGAACGCUCGCCGUCGUCUUCCAUUCACUUAUCUUGCUGCCUCCCUCGCAUCGGUACUUCUCCGCCACCUCCAUUAUCAAGGGUUUGUAAUUUCAAUCGGCCCCAAAAAUGUCAGGAGAAGAAGAGGUUGUUGUUCCAGCUGCCGAGCCUGUUGCUGCUGCUGCAGCAGCUCUAGGUGAACCCAUGGACCUUCUGACCGCACUGCAACUUGUGCUGAGGAAGUCAUUGGCUCAUGGUGGGCUCACACGUGGACUCCACGAAGGUGCAAAGGUCAUCGAGAAGCACGCUGCACAGCUCUGUGUGGUAGCUGAGGACUGUGACCAGGCUGAUUACGUUAAGCUUGUCAAGGCUCUAUGUGCUGACCAUAACGUUAAACUGCUGUCAAUUCCUAAUGCUAAAACUCUUGGAGAAUGGGCUGGUCUUUGCAAGAUUGAUUCAGAAGGAAAGGCAAGAAAAGUGGUUGGUUGCUCUUGCGUCGUUGUGAAGGAUUUUGGCGAAGAAUCGGAAGGCCUUCAUGUUGUUCAGGAGCACAUUAAGUCCCAUUAAAUUAGAAAAAAAGUUAGCCCCAUUUCGAUUUGGGUGUGAUGUUCUUUAGGUGGAAGUGGAAUUGAGUAACUUUCCAUUCAGAUUAUCGAAACAUAUGAUGUUUUGUCCGUCUUUACCUCUCUGUCCGGAAUUGAAGAAGUUUUCUGUGUCGUUUCUUUA